AUGGCUAGUCGUAUACCGAGAUUGCUACAAACAUUUCCAAUCCCGAGUGCAUCUGGACCCGAGAGUAUUGCGUUCGACCCAACCGGCAAUGGUCCUUACACCGGUGUUUCUGAUGGGCGGAUUCUAAAGUGGGAACCCAUCCAAAAUCGAUGGAUUACUUUUGCCUGGACAGUUCCAGUUCGGGACAGGUGCGAAGGCCCACAUAAUCAUACCCAAACCGAGGCAAGAUGUGGUCGUCCGUUAGGCCUCGAUUUUUACAAAAAAACGGGCGAACUCUACAUUGCUGAUGCCUACAGAGGUUUACUCGUAGUUGGCCGUAAUGGAGGACUCGCUACGCAAGUAGCAACGUCGGCACAGGGGCGUCCUUUUCGACUGACAAAUGAUGUCGUCGUCGAUCAAACAAAUGGCUUGGUGUACUUUACUGACAGCAGCACAAUGUUUGCAAGAAAAGAUUAUGGGACUAUAAUCUCCACCAGAGAUAAUACGGGAAGAUUGAUGGUAUAUGAUCCGAGAACAAGAGUGGUGAGAGUUCUCGCAAGUGGGCUGAUGUUUCCAAAUGGGGUGGCACUCAGUCAACGCGGUGAUUUCAUUCUAGUGACGGAAACUACUAAUGGCAGAGUGUUAAGAUAUUGGCUUCGAUCAGGACGGGGGAAAUCUGCCGGGACAAUUGAGCUAUUUGCCCAGCUUCCUGGGAAUCCCGACAAUAUCAGAAAGAACCAAAAUGGUGACUUUUGGGUUGCCAUGAACUCAAGAGGAACCCCAAACUUUAGCGGAUUAGGGAUGGUGGCCAAGUUAGAUCAAAAUGGAAGAAUGGUUCAACCUUUGAUUGAUCCUACUGGUGUAAUUUGGAGGCAUGCCAGUCAUGUCCAUGAAGAGCGUGGAUCCUUGUGGAUUGGUUCGGUGGUGGAAUCCGCUAUAGUGAGAUUGAGAAUUUAA